CUAUCUUAAUGUUCCUCCUCGACACUCAACUCCUCCUCCUUUAACCUCUAGUGCUAUGGAUAUCGAUAUGACACCUAAACACGUUAGAAAAUCUAAAGAUAAUGUUUCACAAUCUCCAAUACCAUUCCAAAAAUCAACCUCUGCUCCAACUCUUCCAUUUCCACUUAACUAUUCUUCUAUUCGAAUUGAAUCAACACCUAGCAAACAAGUCUCUAAUCAAGUUCAA